AUGGAAGAUAAACAAGGGACGGAGAUGAGUAAUGGAGCGUGGGAUAAAAAUGCUGACGUAUUAGUCAUUGUUUUUCUUAUUAUUACAAUUAGCAUUUUGGUAUUCCGUUCUGUUUGUAUAUAUGCACACGUGAUCUCUCUUUCUGUCUCUCUCUCUUUAUCUCUCCCUCUCUCUUUCUUUCUCUCUCCCUCUCUCUUUCUUUCUCUCUCUCUCCCUCUCUCUUUUCUCUCUCUCUCUUUUUCUCUCUCUCUCUCUCUCUCUUUAUCUCUCUUAAUUUUCCUCGUCAUUUUCAGGGAAUAUUUACAUAUUGUCGUUUGUAAUUCCCUUUUUUCUCUCUCUCUCACACUCACUCUCUUUGAAGCCUUCUUCUUUCUCCGUUCAAUUUCAGUCACUAACUUUUACUAUCUUUCUCCAUCUUUUUCUUUCUUUCUACCUCUUCCUUCUCGUCCACUUUUCACUUUCACCUAUUCUCUAUCUUUCAGUUUUCUUUAUUUCUUCUCUAAUUCAUAUAUUAAUUGUCUCUUUCUUUCUCUCACUCACAUAUUGUCUCUUUCUUUCUCUCACUCACAUAUUGUCUCUUUCUUUCACUCAUUCACAUAUUGUCUCUUUCUUUCUCUCACUCUCGUAUUAAUUGUCUCUUUCUUUCUGUUUCACAAUGUAGUUGUUUCUUUCUGUUUCAGAUAUUGUCUCUUUCUUCACAUAUUAAUGAUUCACAUUUUAGUUUUUUUUCUUUCUUUUUCUGUUUCACAUUCUAUUUGCCUCUUUCUCUAA